UUGAAUAUUACGCAUUGAGAUGGGAUUUCCCAUUGAAUGAUUCUUACCAUUUAAGUUUCAAUAAUAGAUCUAGCCCGAAAGAUUGUGUCCACAACUUUUCUAUUCUGGGAAUUCAAGCGCUACCAAUGGAUCGACUUCUGCUCCCUCGAGUCAGACUGGAACCCGAUGGAGUUGAGCACCCUAUUCCCGAAGCCGGCUCCCCUCUACCCCGAUGGCAAACCCUGCCUAUGGACGCCAAGUUCCCUGUGAACCCCGCCCCUAAAGGAGAAGUAACGUUUGUCACUACCAAAAUCUGCCAGCCGGCUUACAAGAGUGCCCAGCGGGCAGACUUCGACCUGACAGACCCUUAUAACAGGACCAUCAAAAGUGAGUACAAGUCUCUUCACGACCCUCUGCUGAAGGAAUGGUUCUCAAAACCUCACCUCAGACAGCAGCUGGUACAACAAAACCUCAUCACAGAGAGUGGGAAUGUCUCGUGCAGCGUGAAAGACUUCAACGACUAUCGUUACUUCCUGAGACAGAAAGCAUUGGUCAGGCCCAAGACAUCCCCAGGCGAGGAUCAAACUGCGCUGGCCAGGAGACAACAUUUAUUACAAGAAAGAAAGCUGAAAGCCGAAGUGUUCGGUGUGGAAGUGAAGUACAAGCUACUGAAGGCCAGACAAACCUCGCGAGAGUUAGAUGCAGAGAAGCGUAGAAAAUUUGAGGAGAAGAAAGUCCAGGAAGAAGAAAGACUUAAGAAAUGGGAAGACGGGCGUCGCAAGUCAGUCAACAAAGACAAGCAGAAGUCUGAGGACAAACUGGAGCAGAUGAAGAGACGUGACGAAAAACUGAGAAGAAAGGCCGCACAAAAGUUACAGGAGUUCGAGUCCGAUGCUCAAAGACGGCUGAACAUCAUUGAUAACAUCCGCGAGCAGAGGUUCUACCAACUGGACCUGAAGAAGAAAGAUGCCUGGAGAAAGAAGCGGGAAGUUCAGCUCAAGGCCCUGGAAGAGGCCGACAGGGCUAAGCGAAGGCUAGAGGCUGAGGUGAUGAAAGCGAAGAAGCAGUACGAGGAGAAGAUGAUCAAAUCCUACGCCAAGGAUCAGGCUGGUAUACUGUGCAAGAUGGAAGAGAAGGAGAAAAGGAAAGUAGAACGCAACCAAAUCUUCGCGAAACGAAUGACGUACGCUCUGGAGGGAACUGAUAAAAAGACUUUAUGGGAUGUCCACCAACUGACCACUGGAUCAACACGUGCUCGCAUGUGGCUCGUGGAGGAAGUUUUGGACAGACUUGGUCUGUUGCCUAUACAUCUCAAAGAGAAAUACUGGCACCAGCUGCUUAGCCACGCCCUGAACGAGACAGUCAAGAAACUCGAAAUGGCGUCAGUGAUCGGAGAAGAACAGCAGCUGAUUAGUGACAUAAUUCAUAUUUUGAUUCGGCAAAUUCAAGAUUUCUCCGUGACUCAAGGUGAAGAAGACGUCGCGCUGUCGAAGUUGUUGCCUGGUGUGGACGUCACAGAGGAGACCCAGAAAGCUGUCCGUAUUGCCAUGACUGCGACCUUUGACCUCCCCGCAAUGCCACAAGCAGACGUGGCCUUGGGUGGCGACCUUCACCUUCCCAUUCUUGACAAAUCGUACUUUGAAAAGCGAGAACAUUUUUUCACUACUAAGAUGAAGCUAACAGAAGCAGACGUAGUGGCGAUGGAAGAAGAGGUCAAGCAGUUCCUGGAGUUUCUUAAGACUGAGUCUCUGUCAAACAAAGAUGUCAAAUCCAUUUUAAAACUAUUCCUGAUGCUGGCCAAUCACGAGAAGAUAACAAAACCCGAACAGUGUGACUCGAUGAAAAGAAACAUGCCAAAGUUUGGAAUCACUCCCACAGAACGUAACACAGAGGCCGCCAUAGAGUCGAAACCAAUGGUAUUGGAGCUUCCAGAGCAAUCCCAACCGGCACACACAGAAGAAAGACGCUUGGAUAUUGGCCAGGAAGGUGACUCCGUGGAUUUGGAAAGAAGGGACGCCAUUGAAGAUGAGAAUCUAGAACUCAAUGAGAUGAUGUUGAAAGCAGGUCUUGGAGAAGGAGCUGUUGAUGUCGGUGAUGAUGAUGAUGAUGUGGAUGAGGAAGGCAUCAGAGGUGUUGACGAUGUUAACCUGCCAAACGAACCCAGUGACCACAGCGGCGGGUUGGACAGUGAAAAAGUGUCGUCCCCUUUCAUCCAUGACAUCAGACCGCCAGACGAUUCAGAAUUCGAAUACGCUAAAAAAGAUCCUCACACAGAAUCAGCGGAUAGUAUACCACCCGACGAUCCCAGAUCGGAAGACGAGAAUCAAAAUAAAGAAGCUGCGGGCUCUAAUGCAGACGACAGCAUUAAACCUCCCGAGGAAGAAGAAUCGAAUCCGGUGGAUGGUAUCGAAUACAAUCAGGAAGGCGGGUCUUUAUUAGGAGAUGGUAGUAUCGAAUACAAUCAACAAGACGGGUUGAAGUUCUUGGAUGACCAACAGAUCGGAAAGUCGUCUGACUAUGACCCAAAUGAGGAUGAUGUUGAUGAAAACGAGGCUGACACUGAGAACAAAAAGAGCGCUGAAAACGAGGCUGCUUCUGCUGACCCUGGCAACGAGUUGGAAAGAUCAGAUGAGGCAAUGAAGGGGCCAAGACAAGAGGCCAUCAUCCCAGAAAAACAAAUGAAUGCAGAGCAAGAAUCAGCGAAUCCCAUGUCGUCAAAUGUUGCCAAAAAAGCUAUUUUGGCAGAAACAGAGCUGAGCUUUAAGACGUCAUAUGAAACCACGGCUCCCAGGGCAUCCGCUCUAUUUGAGACGGAGGAAGAAAGGCGUCUCAAGGAAGAGGCGGAAGAUGAGACGCUCUUCAAUCAGCUGGUGGAAGAAGAGGACAUCGUAGCCGUGACGCAGCAUUUUCUGAACAAGUUUCAGGAGACUGAACACACCCAAGGAGUCAGUUUCCCACCCCACAGAAUACAUCAGUUCAUAGCUUUGAAUAUGUCCAAGUUGUGGAGCCGUGGACCCCAGAAACACGAGAUGGGGGAGUGGCUACAGGACGAAUACGUGUCAGAGAUAGCUAAAAGUUUGAUCAACAAUCUUACAAAAUGUCGCCUGCCGCCAGACCUCCUCAGACAACUCGCCAUCUGCAUUGUGGGCGUACUGAUGGUGGACAUGGCCGAUACUAACAAGUAUUUGACAGAUAGUCUGGUCAGAUGUAUCCUGAACAGAUUCCUCAAAGACCUACAGCACAACAAAGUGACCUUGGCCGUGGUUGAGCUGACCCUAAAGGUCAUCCUGGAGGAAUACAGUGAGUACAUGGAAACGCACAUCGACUUCAAGUUUGAUAACUUCUUGAUGGAGGUUCUCGGCCAGGCGCACGACAUGCUACGUAUGAAGGCUGCUACAGAUAAGGUUUUUGUCAAAGCUAUCAGAAAUUUUGAGGACCUCCCACCAGAAAAACGAUCUUUUUUUACCGUCGCAGACUGGUCGGGGACUAUCCACAAGGUCAUGGUCGUACUUCGUCUUGGCCUGGUACCCGCCGAACAAAGAGAGGUUCUCAAACAGACAUUCAUGGCUUGCUGUCAAACAUAUCUUGAGGAGGAUUACGAUGAGGAAUCACUGGAUGAAUGUAUCGAGACGCUCAAGUCUAGAUUUGAAUUUGAUCCAAAGCUUAAGGUGUCAGCGAUUAUUGACACCAGUGCCAAUGUCACAGCCGUACUUCAUUCUGUUGCUCUCAAAAAUAACAUCACAAGUCUGACACUACUGCCUGGAGCCUUGAACAUGUCACAAUCAGCGUGCGUGGAGCCAGAACCUAGCACACUGGCGUCUGAUCACCAAUGUGAAAGCAUCGUUUUUUUACUGCUAGACAAACUAGCUCAGGAUUUGAACCACAGCUCUUUGUCUCUACAAGUUCAGAGUCGCAUGGCGGCAUCUCUGGUAGAUCUCUUAGUGUCUGACUUUCACUGUGACAAAGAAGUUCUUCUGACGGAUGGACUAAAACAAGCUUUAGACGACAUGACACUUCGUUUUAGAUCUAGAGUCCUGGGAUUCAAGGAGUGCGUUCAAGUAUUCGGCGCUGUUCUUCGACCUUUCCUCGCCGCCAAAAUUGUGAAGCAUCAAGCUCUGUCGUCAAAAAUUGACGUUGGCCAUCCAGUGGACACCAUGAACGAAGAUCUGUCCAGGAGUCUCGUGACACUGCUUACCGAGUGCUACUUAACCCUGGUCUCUGAGCUCAAGAAAAGGUCUAGACGACCGGAUGCCGAAAAGGCGGUCAGCUCCAGCAUCCUGGCCUUGUACAUCUGGAGAACAUUGGCUAAAAUGGCCAUCGCGGCCAAGUUCCAACUGGAGGAGACAGUGGAGAAUAAGGUCAUUCUGAAGUCCAGCAGACUGGACAUUGAGAGUUUGUUGUCAUCAGUCAUGAUCCCAGAUCCACAAACCAACACUUCCGAAUUCAAUAUUCCAUUUCUGGAAUCGGUGAUCGCCAUGGCAACAAGACCUGGCUUUGUGCCUGUUCAUGACCGAUUUCUAGAGAUGAAAACCUCCUCUUCAGUCACCAAAGAUGAAGAUCCGCUUUUAAGUCAGCCCACUAUCCCAAGCAUGGAAAUCGUCAUCACAAGGGAGUGCAUCAAAGCAGUGAAACAAAUUAGUCAAUGCUUGGUGACCCCCUCAGCGUGCACCAAAAUGAGGCCCAAAGUAGUAGACUUCUAUGUGUCUUCAGUCUUCGUUCUGCAUGAGAUGGUGUCCCUGUUAUAUCAAAAACUUUGGGAACUCAGACGAAACUUGAUUAAAAAGAAACUGAAACCGGAACUCAUCGUGAACCGGAUGUGCGAGGAACAAGUCAGAACUAUUCCACCACUGGAGAUUACCGAAGAAGAAGCAAAGAUACUGAUUACUCGUGCGAUACUGGAGCUGGAAGAGGUCAAUCGAUCGCUGAAAACUUUGGCCAGAAUGGCAGAAUGUCUGACCAGAAUGGGCCAAGACGCGGGCGGAGCUAAAGGAAGGCCCCACACUGUCUUGUCGGCUGUUACCCCGUCGUUAACGACUCUGCUGAUCAAAUCCUGCUCGCUGUCGGUGCUGAGAGUCUUGACUGGGGUUUUAGCCGGGGACCUGGACCAGAAGGUAGUGGACAGCAAGCCGGUGGAUCGGGUGGAGCAGUACCAACAGGUGGCGGCCAUCGUGGUCCUGCACAAUUCCUUGGCCAGCGUCCGAGAUGAGGUCGAUGGCCAGUCCUCGAAUGGCCUGUGGUCCCCGACGUCUGGCACCAGCUCAGUCCUGGAACUACCGAUGAGUGUGGUCUACGAGGUUUACGAAGCCAUUGGUCAAGUGAUUGACCUACUCACCACCAAGCUAAGUCUUCCAGAUAGAAGCACACAAGAAGGUCAAGGUAGCCUGGUGACCUCUGACAUCGCCAACCUCAUCAUAAAUAAGAUAAUGUCUUCCAUAGCGUAUAGAGUUGAGAUCGGAGACGUUCCUCCACUCCGAGUGAACGACCUAGUUAGGAGUCAGGAGGCGGAGGAGUCUUCAAAGAGCAUCUCCCACAGCCACGGACACACGUUUGAAAACUCCAGCGACAAUAAGCCUCUAGAUCGCAGCGGAAACAAUCAUCUCGCUGAUCCAGCUCUAAGGCUACAGCAGGACAUGCAUCAUAGCCUCUUGAACUAUCUUAGCACGGUGCUGUGUGCCAUAGAGAAAGGUCUGAAAGAUCAGAUCGAAACAGCGAUCCUGGCGAAUGAAAGCUACGAAGCCAAGAUCCAGGCCCGAGUUUUUAUAGACGUGGCAAAAGAAAAGGUCAAUUUCGCCCUAAAAUCAAAACCUUUAACUUCGGCUCAGCAGACAGUCGUCAUGGAAACUAAAACAUCUUUGACCUUGCCAGGCGACGAAGCAAAUAAGGAUGUUGGGGGCACAUCAGUAAGUGGGUCUAUCUGCACGGCCAAUUACGGCCCACACAGGACAGACUUCACCAACUUUGUAACAAAUUUGUUCAAGAGCAUUGUGGAUCAGUCAACAAAAGAAGAAGAGGAAUUAAUAGUUAAGGCUGAACUUAUACAAGAACUAAUAUGCGCUUGUAGCUCUGUAAGCUGCCUGUAUCUUGCACCGGCCAGUUCAACGGGCAGAGACAGUAAGAGAAAUUCCAUGUAUAUUAUUAUUUUGGAAAUGAUGCUGCACGAAUUAUUCACAAGACAGAAACAGUGCAAGAAGUUCUUCAAAGAAAGCAUCUUACAAAAAACAGCCAUGCCUUACCUGUCUAUCCAGACGUCGAGCAAGCCUGACCCACUAGGGCCUCAUUACGCUGAGGUUCUGGACAGGGAACGAAGGCUUUCCAAUUUCAUACAUUCUGAAACCAACGCAGUGGCUAGGAAGUUUCAAAGUCGGCAGACUUCCGUGGCGGGCUCAGCCACGAGGUGCGACAACUCUGUCUUUGAGAAAUCCAGCUCAAGUCUCCAUCACGAUAAACUCAAGGCUGAGCAGAUUCGGGGGCAUGAGCUGGACGUCAUGACGUCAAAGAGGAUCGCCCAUAGAGUCUCCGAGUGGAGAAGAAAUAUCAUGACCACUUCGGCCGCUAAUAAUGCAGAGAGCACGCAAAGCAGCUCUUCUUUGUGGAGGAAGAACUUUGUUCGUCACGUGAUCGAGUCCAAAGAAGCAAAAACAACCGCGUUAUCUCCCCCUAAAUCAAAAGACAAGUGGAAUGAAUCUCCUAAGAAGACAUUGACUGAAAAUUUUGCCAACAUGGACAGUAAUGCCAACAAAUCAGAGCAGCAAGCCAGUAAACCUAAACAAAGCGCAAAAAGCAACCAAAUUAACAGCAAGCUUAAAAAAGAAGCCAAUAGCCAACUCCUUAACAAAACCAAACUACAAACACCUAAAACUCUGGCUAACAAACCAAAACAGCCCCUGAAGCAUGAAGUAAAAGCUAAACCAAAACCAUUCGUCAGGAAAGAGGUGACCAAAAAAGCUCCAGUCCGCCCUAAAGUUACGUCUGGCCAAAUAAACAAUGCGCCCAAAAGGCUGCCGAGAAAGAGAACAGAUCCAUUCAAAGAUGGCUCCUGGAAGAAAGCGCAUGCGCAGCGAGAGGAGAGGAGUAUUGAGGUUAUUUACCAUGUCAGCAGUAAGGUCAAUGUGAAACCAUUGGAUGAUACAGAACGGAAGCACAACAAGGACAAUGAUGCAAUCGCGUUAUCUGUUGUUGUACAGGAGAAAGGAGCGGCAGAUACCGAAACAAAGAAAGACGCGCCAAGACAGCAAAACCUUGUCCAGCACACCUUGCUGACACUUCUGGCCGGUCCACUUUCACGCACGGUCAAGGUCGUCAGGGACCUGUUCUGCCAAACUGACCUUACGACAGACCAACUGGCAGACUUAUUAUUAGUGAUCGAGGAGGCGAUUGGGGCCCCUGACCUUGAGUUCAAGAAACGAUUACUGCAGGGCGAGGGUCAGAGGUCAGGAAUCUCUGAAAGACUGACAAGUACAGUUGGAGAACUGAUUACAAGUUUAGAAACCAACAAGCUGACAGAUGAGGAUCUAAUCAAGAUAAUACCCAGUGGUCAGACUAUAGAAGCAAAGUCUGGUUGCUUUAGAACUGAGCUGAUUGCGUCAUUAAAUCGAAUUCUCAACAGAGUUCAGGAGACCCACAAUCCUGUGCCACAAAUAAUUACUGACAGAUGGCAAGACAUAUUGGAAGCUUUACAAGGGGCAGACGACGAAGACGGAAGUCAAACUUUUGACGAUGAUUUCGAGGAUGACGAAGAAGAAAGCGAUGGCAGCGAUUAUUCCCGAGGAUCAAAGGUUGAAGUUGAAGGUCUUGGAGAGGAUGACGCACACAGCGACAGAGAAAGUGGGGAAAACAAUAGAGAAAUACGUCAUCGCUCGUCAUCCACCAGUUCGUCUGCCACGUCUAGAAGGUCAAGGUCUUCGAGAAGUCGCGGUAGUAUUUCCAAAAGGAACGCCACUGGAUCACGGAAGUCUACGCCGAAGUCAAGAAGUGCAUCCUCCAGCAAGUCACCAGAUAGUCUGAGAUCAAGAUCUCGGAUCAGCUCACGAAGUCGAUCUUACAGUCGAUCGCCAGAUAGACGCAGUGAUACAUCAGGAGUGUCUAAACUCUCUAAGAAUUCAUUUCCCUGCGUCCGAGAAUCUCGACAAAGGUCAAGACCAGAGUCCUCCUUGUCCAGAUCGAGGUCUGUCUCUGGCGAGUCGUCGAAAGGUUGUCCACGGUCAAGGUCAGUUUCUUCUGGCUCGAGGCCAGACACAAACUUGCAGACGACACAAGACGAGAACGUGGACACGCCCGAUGACGCAGACGUCACACCAGCACGAGAGGUCCAAGUUCAAGGCGGCGGACCUGGACCGGAAGUGAACCGUUACAACACUACGUUUAGCUUCGAUAAAGUGGACAGACAAUUGGCUGAGAUCUGUGAACUGCCGGUACCCCACGUUCUCUCAGAUUCAACUGUUGUCCUGACCUCUGUGGACAUGGGGCCUGACGCGCUGGCCUGGCUGGACUCGGACCAGGGAGUCCCAUACAGGGUCAACAACUUGCAAGAGCUGAUGGGCGCCGAAGCGAGCGAAGACUACUACGCCCUGGGCUACAGCUCCCCAGAGGAAGAGGAGACGGACGACAGUGAUGGUCAGUUCAGGGAGGAGGCGGCUGUUGAGGAGAGCUACAGUGAGGAUCACAUGGAGUAGAUCUAGAGCCAGCUUCAGUCCGGUUUGAGAAUGGGUCAUUCAGUGUUGAUUUAUCUGUGUGUGACGUGUUUUCAAACGUUUAAGAAUGGAUCAGUAAAUGAUGCUUGAGAUCAGUGUUUACCAAACUGUGUUCAAUCCGGUUUGAGAAUGGGUCAUUCAGUGUGGAUUUAUCUGUGUGUGACGUUUUUCAAACAGUUUAAGAAUGGGUCAGUAAAUAAUGCUUUAGAUUAGUGUUUCCCAAACUGUGUUCCGUGAACCACUGGAAUAAUUAACUAGUAGGCCUCAAACAUGAAUUAACCUCUAUAAAAUAGAAGCAAAGUGUUCCGCUAAAUACUCAGAAUGUGCAAAGUGGUCCAUUAAGGAAUAAAGAAAAGGUUUGGGAAACACUGCUUUAGAUGUUUAAUAGCUUAUACAGUUUGAGAAUUGGGUAGUAAUUAUAGAUUUGUUAGUCAGUAAGUAUUUUACUUACCUUUUAAGAACUGGGCUUGAUGCUCUAGAAAUGUGUAAUAUUUUUAAGCAGUUCAAGAACUGGGCAGUUUGUUUUUUUUUAUAUUGAAAUGUUUGAGAACUGAGCAGUAAUUGCUUAUACAGUUUGAGAAUUGUGUAUCAAUGAUUGAUUUGUUAGUCAGUAAGUAUUUUACUUACCUUUUAAGAACUAGGCUUGAUGCUCUAGAUAUUUGUAAUAUUUUUUAAGUUCAAGAACUAGGCAGUUGUUUGUUGAAAUGUUCGAGAACUGGGGAGUAAUUGCUUAUACAGUUUGAGAAUUGCGUAUUUAUGAUUGAUUUGUUAGUCAGUCAGUGUAUUAUCCUUUAAAGAACUGGCCAGUAAAUGUUGUUUUUGAUAUUUGUAAUGUUUUUAAACAGUUCAAGAACUGGGUAGUUUGUUUUUUUUGAUAUUCGAGAAAUGGGCAGUAAUUUUUGGCUGCCUAUCCCUAGGUCUGUUGAACCGUUAAGGCUCCACACAUGAUCCAUCGACCGUUCCUCUGUCUUUUAACUUGAAUCUCCGUAAAAAGUAAGUGACGUCACGGGACAAAGACUCUUAGUAAUGAAAGGCUUUAGUUUGAAAAUGUCUUUCCCUAUAGAGUCAGUGGCGGAGACUGUUUGAUGCUAAUGAUUCUUUACACUGUCCACGUUUGCAAGAAUAACAAAGUUUUGAACACAUGAUAUAGUGAACAGAUUGUACACAUAGGCUAAUAUAAGUGUACUGAGAUUUUUACACAGAUAUAUUUGCAGAUAUAUAUGUUCUUUUUUGGUCUUUGUAAAUAUUUACACAGUUCGUUUACUAAUAUAAUAUUAGCGGUACAAUAAGAUAAUGAAAUUUAAGAUCCACAUUUACAUACACAGGCUCUUAUUGUUUACCUUAUUGUUUACCUCAAGAAAGUGACUAUGUUUACUUUAGUCUGAAACCUUACCUAACGUGUUAAAGAGUCACUGAUAUGGUCUUAAGACGUAUCUUAGCCUCGCGUGUUUAGUUAGUUUGACUAAUUGAUUGGUUUACUGUUUUCACAUGUUUACAUUUAGAAAUAAACAA